AUGAAUAGCCUGCUGGCAACGCCUCCUGUUCCUCCACACUUCUACGAGCACGUUCGACUCUCCCCAUCCCGGUCCAUGUCCUCCGCCAACUCCAGUGGCAACCGAAAACGAAAAGCUGAGGAUGAUAACCCUAGUGACCAUGACACUCGGAUGUCUGCUUCUCCCUCAAAUUCCCCAGCCCUUGCCCCGAGACCUUUACCUACUGCUCGCCAAAUAAAACGACCGAGGCCAAAUAUCUCGGGACGCCCUUUGCCUCUUUCCCGCCUUCUGGAGACGUUGGAUACCGAUGCGCUCCGUUCUGUCCUACGAUCAAUGUGUAACAGACACCCCGAGCUGGAGACUGAAGUUGUACAUACCGCUCCUCGACCAAGUGUCAGCUCUGCCCUGCAGGUAUUGAGCAACUACGAAUCAACGCUUCAGUCCUCCUUCCCGCUUGGAGGGAAUUCUUCCUCAGACUAUGCAUAUAAUCGCGUCCGCCAACACAUCACAAACCUCCUAGACGCCUUGAAUGAUUUCACACCUCACUUCCUACCCCCCAACGAAUCACAGGUCUCAACAGCUUUAAGCUAUUUAGAUGGCGCCACUGAAAUUCUUCAUCGACUUCCAAGAUGGGACACGCCACAACAUAAUCUGGAGAAGGAUGUUGCAUAUGAGGAGAUUGCCAAGGCAUGGAUAGUGGUUAUACGGGAGGCGGGGAAACGGGGUGGAGGCAUCCAGCUGCAAUAUGGUGGAUGGGAUCUGAAGCUUUCAAAACACAACCAGACAGCGGGAGGAAAGCUUCAGGAUGCUAUCAACGUCCUUAGUUCCAGUCUCGGUUGGAUGGGCGGUCACCAGGAUUCAUCUGCUAGUCAGGGAGGAGAUCCCUCAUCCAUACGCCACCAGCUUCUCUCUGGGACUUAUGGCAGUAGCUCUCCGCUCAAAGUUAGCAAGUGGUGA